AGAGAGAGAGAGAGAGAGAAAAUGAGAGAGAGAGAGAGAGAGAGAGAGAGAGAGAGAGAGAAAGUAACGGUACGAAUAACAAAAUGAACGGUGCACUAGACCAUUCGGAUCAGCCGGACCCAGAUGCCAUUAAGAUGUUUGUCGGCCAGAUUCCUCGCUCCUGGACAGAAAAAGAGCUGAAGGAACUCUUCGAGCCGUACGGAGCAGUCCAUCAGAUCAACGUUCUCCGAGACAGGAGUCAGAACCCUCCACAGAGCAAAGGUUGUUGUUUUGUAACGUUUUACACUAGAAAAGCAGCUCUCGAGGCACAGAACGCCCUGCACAACAUUAAAACUUUACCUGGGAUGCAUCAUCCCAUUCAGAUGAAACCUGCUGAUAGCGAAAAAUCUAAUGCUGUGGAAGACCGAAAAUUAUUCAUUGGGAUGGUCUCGAAAAAAUGCAACGAAAAUGACAUCAGGGUGAUGUUCUCAGCGUUCGGGCAGAUAGAGGAAUGCAGAAUUCUCCGAGGUCCCGAUGGUUUGAGUCGAGGCUGUGCAUUUGUUACGUUUUCAACAAGGGCAAUGGCACAGAAUGCAAUCAAAGCCAUGCAUCAAUCUCAAACCAUGGAGGGUUGCUCGUCGCCCAUUGUGGUUAAGUUUGCCGACACGCAAAAGGACAAGGAGCAGAGGCGUCUACAGCAGCAACUGGCUCAGCAGAUGCAACAGCUGAACUCAGCGACGUGGGGAAACCUCACUGGCCUUGGUGCACUAGGCCCACAGUACCUGGCUGUAAGUGGUCAAUGGGGAACCAAGACCAGUGGCGAAAUGGGAGCAAAGGAAGUAUUCGUACAGCAAAACAUGCACACACUCUUACAGCAAGCCACCUCAUCCAGUAACCUUGGGGCUUUCAGCGGCAUCCAACAAAUGGCAGGAAUGAACGCUUUGCAGCUACAGAACCUGGCUACCCUCGCAGCCGCCGCAGCCGCAGCCCAGAACAACGUGGGGAACACAAACACAAACCCUCUUAGCUCGACCUCUAGUGCACUCGGUGCCCUGACAAGUCCAGUGCAAUGGGGCAACAGCAAUAUGCAGGGAUCAUUCCCAGGUAUGGCGGCUCUGAACGGGGGUCUGGGGGCCAGCAGUCUGACGAACGGCACGGCGGGCACCAUGGACGCGCUGACCCAGGCUUACUCAGGAAUCCAGCAGUACGCAGCCGCUGCCUUGCCCACGCUAUACAGCCAGAGCCUGCUUCAACAACAGAGCGCGGCCGGCAGUCAGAAAGAGGGUCCAGAGGGUGCAAACCUCUUUAUCUACCACCUCCCCCAGGAGUUUGGCGACCAGGACAUAUUACAGAUGUUUAUGCCGUUUGGAAAUGUGGUGUCUGCUAAAGUCUUCAUCGACAAACAGACCAAUCUUAGCAAGUGCUUUGGUUUUGUGAGCUAUGACAAUCCAGUCUCAGCCCAGGCUGCUAUCCAGGCUAUGAAUGGCUUUCAGAUUGGCAUGAAGCGCUUAAAGGUGCAGCUCAAACGAUCCAAGAACGACAGCAAGCCUUACUGAGUCUAAGGGUUGGAGCUUACACGCUGUUGUUUUAAGUUUGUUAGGACAUCUCCAUGCCUGUUAGUUCAUCGUUUGCCUAGCAUGUCCCCUGUGUGACGUCC